AUGUUCAAGUUGAUAGUGUGUGCUUUAUUAGCUGUCGCGGCUGCUGAGCCUGGAGUCUUCCUGACGCCUCCCGUGACGUCCCUAACAACUGUGGUUUCUCCGGGAUCUACAACCAUCAGUAAGCUGGCCAGCAGCGUCGUGCAUCCCUCACCCUUGGUCUACUCUACACCGUAUGGCUACACUCAUUUCAUCAAGAAGCGGUCUGCUCCCUUAGCGCAUGCUGCGUAUAUCGCUCCUGUAGCAUACUCUGCUAUUUCUCCCGUCGUAGCAACCACCUACCACGGUAAAACUCCUCUCCUGGCUUCGACCUCCUACGUUUCUUCGACUCCUUUAAUCUCGCAACCUAUUGCGUAUUCCGCUCACUUUAUCAAGAAGCGCUCUCCACAAUGGCCCGUGAGCUACAUCGCUCCUAGCUCCUACAUCACUCCCAACACCUACAUCGCAAGUGGCCCUCUUGGAGCCACUACCUACACGACACCCUUCGUGCAGACCGUGCCGAUCGCAUCGACUGCAUCACUUCCCGUCGCAACUCAUCUGAUCAAGAAGAGGUCUGCACCCGUUCUGGCCACAACUUACACCGCACCUACUACUUACACCGCCGCUCUGCCAGGAGUUUUUUCUCAUCAAUCCAACUACAAUUUGCACGGCGCUCCUCUUGUUACAUCUUACACACCUCUGGUGUACUCUGCUCCAAUUUCAACUCAUGUUAUUUAA